CUAAAAUCCUACUCAGACCCUUUCUUCGGUUUCUGUGCCCUACUUUUCUUUCACUCUUUCACCCUCUCACUGUGAUCACUCCCUCCAUCCCUCACCAAUGCCUUCAGAAUUUACUCACAGCUUUCUUACAGAUUGAAAUUUUCAUUAUCUUCAGCUACAUUUUGCAGAGUUGUUGGAGUCUGUUUAUUUUAUUUUCGUGAAACAAGAUGGUGAAGAAGAAGAAGACAAGGACCGUAAAGAAGAAGAAGAAGAAGACAAGGACCGAGGAUACUGAGGACUGGUGUUUUAUGUGCAAGGAUGGAGGGUUGUUAAUGGUCUGUGACCAUGGGGGUUGCCGGAAAGCUUAUCAUCCUCGUUGUGUGGAUAAAGAUGAUUCGUUUUUGGAGAACGGAAGUGAAUGGACUUGUAGUUCACAUUUUUGCUACCUCUGCCAUAAAGUGUCUAAGAUUAAGUGUUUUUGCUGUCCAAAAGCUACUUGUGGGAAAUGCUUUUAUGAUGCUGACUUUACAAUUGUCAAAGGGAACAAAGGAUUUUGCAGACACUGCUUAAAACUUGCUUUUCUAAUUGAAGAUGAUGCUAGUAUUGAUUCUGACGGGGAAGUGGUAGAUUUCAAAGAUCAAGAUACAUAUGAAUUCUUAUUUUCAGAAUAUUAUAAAAGCAUCAAAAAAGAAGAAGGGCUGAAUUAUAAACAUGUACACUCUGCCCAUAGAUUUUUUAAGAAUGGCAAAAGCAAAUGUGACUUGGAUCCAGAUGAAAUAGGUGUAGAGGAAGAUGACACUGGUGAUUCCGAAGACGUGAGUAGCUAUAUGGUUUCUGAUUGUGAUGACCUGAGUGACACAGCAGGAUCAAAGUCGGGGAGGACAAAGAAGGGUCUGGGAAAGUUAAAAUCAACGAAAGGAAGUGGGAAAGAUAAGAAAAAAGAAUUUAUUGGAUGGGGUUCGAGACCUCUCAUAGAAUUUCUUGAAUAUAUAGGCCAAGACACGAGCAAUGAACUUUCUGAACAUGAUGUCACUUCAAUCAUUAUUGAGUACUGCAGAGAAAACAAUCUUUUUGACCCUAAGAAAAAGAGAAAGAUACAUUGCGAUGCACUGCUGAUAUCCUUACUGCGGAGGAAAUCCGUAAACAAAAACAGGAUGCAAAAUCUUCUGGCACCACACUUUGCUGAGAAUUGUCAAGAAAUGGACGAUAUUAGUAGCAGUUCUGAAGAUAGGGAUUACAAUGAACCAUCCAACUUGUCAAGAAAGAGAAAAUCGAUUUCAUGUACAGAAUCUCAUAAUGUAAACAUAGUUUCUGAAGGGCAUCAAAGCUGUUUUGCAGCAAUAGUUAGUUCGAACCUCAAGCUUGUCUACUUGAAGAGGAGUUUAGUCGAUGAACUUUCAAAGCAACCACAAACUUUUGAUGGCAAAGUGCUAGGAAGUUUUGUAAGAAUCAAAACUGAUCCGAAUGACUAUUUACAGAAGAAUUCACAUCUGCUUGUGCAAGUUGUAGGAAUAAACAGACCUUUAAACAAUGAUGAAACCAACAAGGAAGUUAUGCUUCAGCUUUCUAAUGUGCCAAAAAAUGUACCUAUCUCCAAAAUUUCAGAUGAUGACUUUUCUGAGGAGGAAUGUCAAGAUCUGUAUCACAGAAUGAGAAACGGUCUGCUCAAACAGCCUACCGUGCAAAGGGUUGGUCUUUCCUGUUUGAGGAGAGUCUCCAGUCACGUAACCCAGUUUACCUUUGCCGUUGAAGACUUGAGCUCGUCAAAUCUGGAGCUUGAGCAGAAAGCUAGAAGUCUACAUGAAGAUAUAAUAAAGCAUUGGAUCCCAAGGAAGUUAGUAUUAUUACAAAACCUAAUUGAUCGGGCAAAUGAAAAGGGAUGGAGGAGAGAGCUUUCUGAGUACUUAGAUCAAAGGCUGAAGCUUGAGACACAAUUCGAGCAAUCACGUUUAUUAAAUGACAUGCCAAAAGUAAUUCCUGAAAUAGUUGGUACCACACUAUCCCCAGACGGUUCCCCAAGAAGAGAUAAACUUGAGCAAGGUGGCUUGUCAGAAUUAGCCAGUGGACAGACUUGUAACUCUGUCGGACAGUAUUCCAAACACAUUGGUUUUGCUCAUUGCCUAAAUAAUAGAACAUAUGCUGCAGGUCCAAAAUCUCCAGUAAAGGAAAACCAAGAGGGCACAACCUUUCCUGUUGCCAGUACUGCUUCCCAAUAUAAAGACACUUCUCAAAGGAAUAUGCCUCAAUCUUCUACCUCAAAAGCAAGAAAUCUGUGUGUUACCUUGGAUGCUGAACAAAGAAUAAAGGAGAAGCAAAGCAUUUCAGUUGCAAGUGUCAAUGACAAACAGGAUACAUGUACCUCAGCUAUUCCAGUGGAAGACAAGGAAUUGAGCAAUCCUACUGCAGGUGUCAUCGUUUUAAGUGACGAUGAUGAACAAGAGAAUCCUGAUAUUUCUAUUUGGCAUUGUAUAGGUUCCUUUGGUGAAACAGGAGGACCCUAUACAAUGUCUGCACUCAAACUUUGGACGGAAACUUCUCCAAUACCCUUAGAAUUCAAGGUCUGGAAGACUGGCCAGAGUGCAACAAAGGCAAUAUCUGUCACUGAUGCCGUGAAACGAUUUUUCUCACGCACGUAAGUAAACGGAAACGAAGGGGGAGUCACUUCCUUAAUCAAAGUACAUAGACAGUGUUAAUAUAGAAUUAAGUACAUGGAAAGUUUUAACCAAACAGUUGCUUGGGUGGAAUGUUGCCAAGUUAAUAGUACUUCCUAUGAUAAUGUUUACUUUGGAUGUAAAUUUCACCUACAGAAUUGCAGCACAAAAUAGGAACUCAACCCAGUGAAGCUCUCAAAAGUUGUGUAUUUGCUUAUCAAAUUCGAACUUGUAUUCCUUGUUCCUUUUGUCUUAUGACCACAAUUUUUGCUUUAA